GAGACUUUUUGUCUAUCCCCAACCAAAACAUAAAAAUAAUUUUAAUUCAAAAUGGUGUUAGUUUCAAUUAGAGUGAACCUUGAAUAAUAUUUAUUUAUUCCAUAUAAUUUUUAUUGUUCUAUUCCUGCAAACCCUAUAGUAAACUAAUUUUUCAAAAUUCCAUAACAGCUUUAGGGACUAACUUACAUUCUUUUUAUUUAAUUUAAUUUAGUGACUCCCUUUAAUUUAAACACCUGAUUUUCUUGUCGUUUUUUAUCACAAUCAAAUAAAAAAAUCAGAAAAGUCUGUGAGAAAAAGUGCAAAAAACGGACUUUGACAGUUUUCUACGCAUUUCGACUGCAGUACGUGUAAAAAGUCUAUUGAAAUACAGUUUUAACGGAUAUAGCGGGGUAGCCAUCUUGACCAUAUCUUGUCUCUUGACUGGGAAAAGGGACAUUUAUAUUUUCGGCCAUUUUUGUUGCGUCGACGUCAAGUUCGUAACGACCAAGUCUUUUGUCGCCGUUCUUUUCCAAAUCCAUUAACUAAUUUUAUUCAUUUUCUUGUACUGUGAAGAGUUUGUUGAAUAAGUUCUGUUUUCGGUUUGUUAAGAAAUAAAGAACGUUUCCCUAACAAGGCUACGAAAAUUACGCACUGAGGAGGAGUAAUAUGAGUAAUGCAGCCAACCAAAAUGGAUCAGGUCUAGAGCAGCAAUUAGCUGGUCUGGACUUGCAGGACUCCCACCAAGCCAGUGGGGGUCGAUACGUGCCACCUCAUCUACGCAAUAAAUCUGGUUCAAUAGAUAACUCACAGCCAGGUGGUAAUCAGUCUUCUAAUAACGGAAGACCGUUGUAUGGUGGAGACAGAGACCGUGGUGGAGAUCGAGGCAGAAGUGGUAGUGGAGGUAAUACUUACAGAGAUUCUCGUAACACUCGAGACGUUGAUUUUGGCAAUUUCGGAGGUCGAAAUAGAAGAGGACCUCAAGAAAAUGGAAGGGACUAUCGCUUCUCAAAUAACGAUCGCGGAGGGGACCGUGCGACCAAUUCUGGAAAUGAUCGUUGGCAGGAACAGCCUCGAAAUGAUCGCUGGCAAGAUAGAAACGAUCAAAGAAUGGGAAGCGGUGGCGGUGGUGGUGGUAGAUGGAAAGAUGAAAGAGAAGGUGGUAACAAAGGUGGACGUUCAGAAAUCGACUGGACAGUACCAACAGCUCGCGAUGAACGAUUGGAGGAGGAACUUUUUGGCACUGGCAAUACUGGAAUUAAUUUUAGUAAAUAUGAGGAUAUUCCAGUUGAAGCUACUGGAGAAAACAUACCAACACACAUUACAUCCUUUGAUGAAGUUAAGCUGACAAAGAUAAUAAAGAACAGCAUUCAAUUAGCUGGUUAUGAUAAACCUACUCCAGUUCAGAAAUAUGCGAUUCCAAUUAUAAUUGCACGGCGCGAUGUAAUGGCCUGUGCUCAAACAGGAUCUGGUAAAACAGCGGCCUUUCUGGUACCAAUUCUAAAUCAAAUUUAUGAAAGUGGCCAACCACCAGCUCCCCCUCAAACUUCUGGACGACGAAAACAAUAUCCAUUAGGUCUUGUUCUAGCUCCCACUAGAGAAUUAGCUACUCAAAUUCAUGAUGAGGCUCGUAAAUUCGCUUAUAGAUCACGAAUGCGCCCUGCCGUCGUGUAUGGUGGAGCAAAUAUUGUCGAUCAAAUGCGUGAGUUAGAUCGCGGCUGUCAUCUUUUGGUAGCAACUCCUGGUCGUUUAGUGGAUAUGCUUAGUCGUGGCAAGAUUGGAUUGCAAUAUUGUCGAUAUCUAGUUCUUGAUGAAGCAGAUCGUAUGCUUGACAUGGGUUUCGAACCUCAAAUUAGGCGCAUAGUUGAAGAAGAUAACAUGCCUCCUACCGGAGAAAGACAGACUCUUAUGUUCUCAGCUACUUUCCCGAAGGAGAUUCAAAUGUUAGCUAGAGAUUUUUUGAGUAAUUACAUAUUUUUAGCUGUUGGGCGGGUGGGUUCCACUUCUGAAAAUAUUACCCAGAAAAUUGUCUGGGUUGAAGAGCACGAUAAGCGAUCUCAUUUACUUGAUCUGCUUGAAGCUGAGAAUCAUCAUCAACCUUCUGCAGAGGCCUUAACUCUUGUUUUCGUGGAGACCAAGAAAGGCGCGGAUACACUAGAAGAAUUUCUGUAUAAGGUAGGAUUUCCUGUGACUAGUAUUCAUGGUGAUAGAACUCAGCGUGAGCGUGAAGAUGCCCUUCGUCGUUUUCGUGCUGGUAAUACUCCAAUCUUAGUUGCAACUGCGGUUGCUGCUCGUGGUCUCGAUAUUCCACACGUUACACAUGUUAUAAAUUUUGAUCUCCCUGGAGAUGUGGAAGAAUAUGUUCAUCGAAUUGGACGUACUGGUCGUAUGGGAAAUUUAGGUUUAGCUACAUCAUUUUUCAAUAACAAGAAUCACAAUCUUGUACGUGACUUGGUAUCUCUUUUAAUUGAAGCUAACCAAGAACUGCCACAAUGGCUUGAUGAUAUGUGCUCAGAGGCUAGACACACUGGCGGAAGUUCUCGUCGUCCAGGAAAUGCGAAGAGCAGUCGUUUCAGUGGCGGAUUUGGUGCAAGAGAUUAUCGUCAACAAGGAGGUAACAGUGGACCACCUCGCAGUAAUGGCCCUUCUAGUAGACCUGGUGGUUAUGGAGGUGGUUAUGGAGGAGGUUACGGUGGUAAUUAUAACAACUCUUCGUAUAACAAUUCUAGUAACAAUGGCAGCAAUAAUUCUCAUGACUGGUGGGACAAGUAAAGAGUUUUAUCAGAAUUCGUGCGGCAACUGUUACUAUCAUUAUUGCUAUUUCGCAAGCAAAUUUAAUUAUAUUUGAGAAAGACAAACAGUACAUACAACGGUACACAUGAGUGAAAAUAAUAAUCUACGCUGGAGAUCGUAGUCGAUAUGUCUUCUAAUAGAAAAUAUUUUUAACAGCUAUACACACAUUUGAAAUUUUCGGCUGAUAUGAAAGUUCAUUUGAAGCUCAUGCUGAAAAAUUUUCGCGCUACUGAAAUUCGUAAACAGAGAUCCUUUUCUCGUAUGUGCUUAACAUCGAAUAAGUACCAAAAAAGAAUUUGUGGAACUUGUUUCGAAAUUUCGAUAUUGCGAUUAACUGUGCCGAUUGAAUGCAUGUAGAAUAAAUUAUAAUUUAUCAAUAAUGAGUGAAAAAAAUUGGUUGAUCGUUGCUGCUAUUUCGGCCAUGAAUAACACACACACACACACACACACACAAUAGGUGAAUAUUUAGCAAUAUGUCUAGAACCCCUGUCGGGACAUUUAGGCUCGUUAUGACUUCACUAUGUAAUAUUUAGCGAUAUUGGUAAGCAUUUUUUUAUGAAUCAGAUGACUAAAGACACUAUGAUUUCAUUUGAGAGUAAUUUAAAAUAACAAAAUUUAACUUUAAGUACGGACAAAUGUCAGCUGAAUUAAAAAUACGCAAACUAAUAUCGCAUAAACAUUAAUAAUUUAUGUUAAUCUUUUUCUUAAAAUUAUUAUUCAACGACGAAUGGUACGUUGUUAUUUUGGCGUUUACAGAUAUUAUGCUCAUUAUAAGUUGCGAUGGUAACUUCAUAUGAAGUGACCACGCGGCAAUAUAACCAACCAAAUAUAUCAAAAUCUUCAAUUCAAUGUAAAAUGAAAUUUAAAUUACUUUUCUAAUUUAUUAUACCCUUUUUUGAAAAAGGGCCAUUUUAUAACAAUAAAAGAUGUAAAGUGUCCUGAUGAUUUUCAAGCUCUAAACACUGAAAUUGUCGUUUUUCAAGAAUAAUAUGAACGUUACUAAUAAUAUUUACAACAGUGAUGCAUGUAGAAUAGACAAAAUUUUAAAAUUACUGAAAGAAUGGGUAAUAAAAAAAUUACACAAGGUUGCAGUUACAGAAGGAGUAGAACAAAAAAAAUAUAUAAUGCACUCAGUCGGUGAUUUUGAACUCUUAAUAAACAAUUCGAGCCCUUAAACCGGUCAAGCACCAAUGCAUAUUUGUAUGAUAUUUUAUAAUCAUUGAUCAGUAAUAUAUAUGUAUGUGUGCAUUAUAAUAUUGAUCAGUUAUAUACAUAACGUUAAAGUACUUUAAAAAAAAAUACAAAAAAAUACAAAAAAACAAAAAACACGACUGUGAUAUUGAACGAUCUUGUGACAUUCAAUUUCCACGCGAGUUAAGAAACGAAGAAUUCUCAAACUGCAAUUAUAAAAUUAAUUAUUUAGUUAAUUUAUUUAUGGGUUUUGAAUGUCGGGAAGAAAAUUAGCUCACUUCUUUAUAGAGCUAAAAUGAAAUAUACGUCGUUGCAAUGUGUACUACAAGAACAAAAUGUGGCUGUUGUCCGAAAAGGGAGGGCUGAACAAUAGCUAUUGUAGUCCUUAAAAAUCAUAUUUUUCCGGGCAUUAUUUUCACUUAAAUGCCAAUCCAGAAUGACUUUUUUAAAGUAGCUGAUUCUGGAUCUCUACAUUUAAAACACGAAGCUCAUUAAUGAUGGACGACAAUGCUCGCAGGCGUCAUUGUCGAAAUUGUUAAUGACGUCUUCACAAAGCAACGGUAGUGCUUUAUGGGAUUGUUGAUGUCCUUUAUAUAAGCAUCGAGUUCUUAUAUCUAUAAUCUAUGCGCGAAAAAAAAUUUAAAGUACAAAUUCGAUUUGCGUGACAACUGAUAGAAUUUUUAGACUUGUCACAAACUUAUAAGUAUUAUAUUAUUAGAUUUAUAGUACCAUCGAGUGUAUGAUACUUAGAAUGUCGUGUGUCGUAUGCUAGUGGACCAAGAUGUGAAUGCUUUUCGAUGAAGAUUAUUAUAUCGAUUAGUGUUCUGAAAUGUUUGCAAAUAGAAAAAACUGAAAAAUGAAAAAACGUGACAGUCUUAUCAGUUUAUUCAUUGGUAUGCCAUCAACAUCCGAGAGAAAAAUAUAUUUUUUUUCGGUAGAGAAUAUUUUACUUUCAAAUAUAAGUCUAAUGUUCUAUUGCUUUUCUUUUAAUAAUAAUCGGCGUGCAAUGUGCUUUUAUUGUAAAAUUUCAUUUUAAAGAACUUUUUGUUUAAGCAUACCAAGUUACAGUUUUAAAUUUUUUGUCUAAUAAUAGCUUAUUUUUUCCUCAUUUCUUUCCGUAAACGAUAUGAGAAAAGCAAUAUCUUGUUAACCAAAAUUGUUAAUCUAAAGUUAAGAGCUUCACCUAAGUUUUAUUUAACUCCAAUUUGGAAUCUUGUGCAAUUUAAAUUUCUUAUAUUAAUUCUUACGUACAUUUGAUAAUUACUCUUAAUGCGUAUAGUUCUUGAAUUUACAGUAAAAUCCCUGUAACUUUAAUUUACAUAUAUAUAUAUUUUUUUUUUGUUUCCUUGACAAUUUCAAUUUAAAUGCUAUCUUUACUUAAUUUAAUACUUCAAAUUUAUUGUGUGGAGCAUAGUUAAAUUUUUAAGUUCACUUUACAUAUUUUUAGCUCUAAUUUUUUGUGAUUAAAAAUAUUAGAGGUUAAUAAAUUAACAUGUAAAGCGGGCGUUGUUCCUGUCCAUCAGACUGAAAUGAACUAAUUUAAAGAAAAGGGGUUUUUAAAUAAAUGAGCGUGAACGAGGAACGUAAACAAUUUUUUAAUCGAAUUUAUUUAUAAAAAAUGUUUUUUGCUUUGUUUUGUGAAAGAUUUUUUAAAUAUAAAAACAAUAUGUAAUUAAAAUGAUUUUUGGUCACGUUUAGUCCUCUAAGAGUUAUCGGACGAGCAGCCUUAAUAAUUAAUUACUAUACGGAGAGAUUGCAAAACAAGGUUUUGGAAAAAUGACAGGUUAGAAAAAAGAGGGAUUUUGAAUAUUUAUCCGAUAAUGUAAAUUAUUGUAGGAUGGCGAUGUUGACUGUGACUGCAAUCAUUACUGAAAAAGCAAAUUAUUUCACAGAUUUUUGAAUAGAAAAAUGAAAAUACAUGAAAAGACAUUUGCGCAGCGCAAUUAGCGAAUAAAGUAGAUUAUAAGUUAAAUUCUUUAUUAAGUAAACAAGAAUAAUUUGUUCAUCCAUCGUUUGUACGAGUGAUUUUCUUUUUUAACUUCGAAAAAAGCUUCAUUGUUAUUAUUGAAAUGAAAUCGUAAGUCAGUAUGCUUUGUACAUGGUCUUUACCAAGUUUUUUAAAAUAAAAAUAUAAUGUGUCACUGCGUUGAUCGCGAAUAGACGAAAGUAAAAAAGUGAAGCAUAUUACACAUAAUAAAGCAUUAAAACUGUAAUUUCUGUAUUCAUACGAAGUACAUUGGUUGCAAUACGUAAAUUAGAAAAGAUUAAAUAAAAUGGCAAAGAAACGCUGUCUUCUAUUGAUGAAGCUCUCUAAAUCUUAAUUACUAAUUUUGUACUAGCGAAUUUGAGAAAAGUUCUCCACGAACUAAUGUCAUUAGCACUUUUAUUAAUUUUUGGUAAAAGUUUAGUAUUUUUUUUCAUUGAGAAUGGCUAUUAAAUAACCAAAAUUAGUCAAAUUCACAACUAAAUCAGUUGAAAAAUGAGUUCUCUAAAUUUCAUUAGUAGAAAAUUACUAAUUCAGUAUUAGAAAGUAGUUUAGACGAAUUAAAUAAAUGUCGCUUGUCUUUAAAUCAAACAACAUUAUAGUCAGAAAGCUUGAUUCAUUCUUGAAAUUAUGUAUAACAGGAGAAAGUUACACUUCACUUUAUUUUAAUGUAAUUAAUUAAAUAAAAUCCCAUGUAGAAAUUGUCAAAUCGGAGACAGAUUUGGGAUCAUUUUGGGAUAUAGUGUUAACCUCAAUCUGGACUAGACUGGCGACAUUAUAAAAUUUCUGCAGGGAGUGUGGUGGAAAAGAAAACAUUUUAAAAACAUAAAAUGCUUAAUCUGUUUUGUCUUUCUUCGCCCAACGAUAAAUAUCAUGUAUCAUUUGUAACUUUUCAAUACUGUUAUAUAACUAUUUCCGCUCGCAUAGAGAAAAGUCAGUUUUCUUUAUUGAGCGGUAAAUGUACCAUUCUGUCGAUCAUUUAUUAGUUAUUAGAAAUUUACACACUUAUCAUUUAAAUUAAAGUUGUAAAAAUACGUAGCAUUGGAACAGAAUCAAACAUUGUACUACGUCUUGUGGAUAUUAAAAGAAAUAAAAAGAAAACAAAAAGAUA